AUGUCUGCCGCCACUGUCUUCGAUUCGACCCUCUUUGGCAACAUUUUUGGCACAGAGGAGGCUCGCCAAGCCUUCUCUGAACGAUCUUAUGUUGCCAAUCUCAUCAAGGCCGAGUGCGCUCUGGCCGAGGCGGAAGAAGCUGAAGGUAUUGUGCCGGGUGGCACUGCUGCCGUAUUGAGAGAGCAUUGCAAUGUCUCCAAAAUCGACUGGCAGCUUCUUGCAGCCCGCACAGAGAUAGUGGGAUAUCCGGUACUACCUUUGGUAGAACAGAUGUCGAAAUGGGUUCCCGAAGAGACUUCUGGUUACAUUCACUGGGGUGCCACAACGCAAGACAUUAUGGACCUAGCGUCGGUACUCCAAAUGAAGACUGGUCUUGAAAUCGUCGAGCGCCUUCUGCGCAAAGUCACCUCCACCUUAGAGACAAUGUCCGCCGCCUACAGAGACGUACCCAUGGCCGGCAGGACGCAUCUGCAACAUGCCCUCCCAAUCACUUUCGGAUACAAAUGCGCAGUUUGGCUGGCUGGCUUCCGCAGACACUUGAAGCGUCUGGAACAGAUCAAGGAGAGCUGCUUGCUGGUCCAGUUUGGCGGUGCUGCUGGUACCCUUGCUUCUCUGGGCACAAGCGACAGUGGCAUUCGCGUGCGCAAGCGACUCGCAACUAUUCUUGGGUUGCAAGACCCAAUCAUCACUUGGCAUGUGGCGCGCGAUACUGUUGCUGAAAUUAUAAACUACCUUGCCCUGGUGGGCGGUAGUUUGGGCAAGAUUGCCCUUGACUUGAUCAUCAUGUCGUCAAACGAACUGAAUGAGGUUGCCGAGCCUUACGUUCCUCAUCGUGGUGCCUCCUCGACCAUGCCUCAAAAGCGCAAUCCCAUUUCCAGCGAAGUGAUACUCGCGCAAUCGAAGAUUCUGCGCGCACAAGCCGGCCUUGUCCUCGAUGGCAUGGUCUCUGACUUCGAACGAGCCUCCGGGCCGUGGCAUCUGGAAUGGGCUGCUAUACCGACAGCCUUUAUUUCGAUCGUUGGGUCCCUCUAUCAAGCCGAAUUUGCCCUGUCGGGGUUGCAGGUCAACAAAGAUGCCAUGAUGGCUAAUCUAAAGUCAACAAGGGGCUUGAUCGUAGCGGAGGCUGUCAUGAUGGACCUAGCAAAGUACACCGGCCGCCAGGAGGCGCACGAGAUUGUUUACAAGGCGUGCGUCAAGGCACACGAGAACAGCAUGUCACUGCAAGAAGCGUUGGAAGAGUCAUCACAGGUGACAUCUCACCUUGCUUCGCCAGACCUCGCAAAAUUGUGCGAUCCUACAAGGUACCUAGGGUGCUGUCAAUUGAUGCUGGACGAGCUGUUGGGACAAAAAGAGGGGCAUGCUAAUGGAAACGGGAAAGACUUGAACAGGGACAAUGGGAUUAGUCGCAGGAUCAUAGUAAUGGCGCAUAGAACUCCAGUGGUAAAGCCUCUCAACUACACUCUUACUGAAUGCGAAUCCAACGCUCUCAAUGAUGCUGAACAAAACGGGAGGAUGAAUGGACAGGAAAAUCCUUCCGGAGGGCAAUCUGGACAAGUUUGUGACCGCUGCCGGCGGAGGAAAAUCCGAUGUCAUGGCGAUGGCGAAAAGUGCACGCCUUGUAUCACUGGAGGAGUGGCCUGCGUUGUGUCAACGAAGUUGAAGCGCAAUAGAAAGAGGAAGAGUUACUACGAAAAUGAAGGAAUUGAGGAAAGACAUGACGAUUCCGCAGCUUCAAAGACUCCUGAAGCUCAUAGCAGCAAUGUUGACUCGGCUUCCCUUUCGGUCCCUCAAGACAUAAGGAACUCGCAACAAGCUGUUUCAGAGCACUCACAUCUGAGCACACUUAGAAGAAAUACCGGUCCGACCACUUUAUCAUCAUGGCAGCGAGGUAAAGAAACUGCCUCAAACGCCAAGUCGAGGCCUGUGCCGGAACCGGUGAUCGGCCACAUGGGCCGACUAGUGUCCAAUGACGACGAGACAGCUAUGUUUGCAGGGUCGUCAACGGGCGUGCAUUUUAUCAGCCAGGCUGAGCAGCAGUUGCAAAUGCUACGAAUCCACACCGAAACAUUUCCAAGCAGCAUCUAUAGUCUCUAUCUUCACAACAUAUGGGGCCCAUCGCCCAAGGGUUUAGAGUCGCAGGUUGUCGCUGCCAUGGUCUCCCAACUUCCGCUUGAUGCUGCUAGUAUCCUCGCGGCGACCAUCGACCACUGGACUCCAUUGUAUCCGAUUGUACAUAAACAUUCCACAGUUGAGGCGCUACGUCUGUUGAACGGUGACCCUGAACACGGCGAUAUCAGUUUCUUGUAUCAGGUUCUAGGUCUACUUGCUCUAGGAACAUUGGGACAUCCAGGCUCCUGCGUUCAGAGACAUCGGCAUUUUCUUUGCCUUUCCGAAAAAUACUAUGCGAUGUCCGCUGCUUUGACGAAUCAGCUCCAGGAGCGACCGUCUUUACCGACGCUCCAAGGGCUAGAGAUUGCCCAGAUCUACCUCCAGCUAUCAUCUCGCUACUCAGCUGCGUCACAACUAGGAGGCAUGGCUACAAGAAUGGCACAGAACCUUGGACUUCAUCGCCACUCCCAGAGGUUCAAAUUCGAUCCUUUGGAGACAGAACUUCGGCGGCGCGUAUGGUGGUGUCAAUAUUCUCUUGAUACGUUCUCCAGCGCUUAUCACGGAAUGCCAAGGUUGAUCCGCGACCAGGACGUGGACACAGACUUGCCCUCCCGUGUUGAUCACGACCAAGUAUCGCGUGAGAGCGUCGUCUUUCCCUUACCCGGAGAAAGGUCCCAAGUCGACACGGCUCUCUGCAUGUUCAAACUCGCAGUCAUUGUGGGAGAGGCUCUAGAGAAGCUGUACUCGACGACUAGACGGCGCGGCGGGAUAGCCAAAAUUACACAACUGCAAGCUGAACUUACACUAUGGGAGCGGAUGUUGCCGACGGAUAAGGUCAUAGACUUGGAGGACGAUAGCGCAGACUUAUCCUCGACGGUCUCGAUCGACACCUUUGAGGUGGCUUUCCUACGCGCUGCAUUUUACAACGCCACGGUGCAUGUUCAUCGGCCUGCACUUGCCUUCACAACAGCUGAUCCUCAAUUUCAAGUUUCCUUGCAAGCGUGCGGUCGUGCUUCGGCUGAGCUGAUAAGACUGACUGCUGCGAUCAUGUCGGACUCGGUCCUGGAGAUGGACGCCGCAAGGACAGAUUCCAUCAUCAUCGCCCAUCUCUAUCCAAACGGGUUGCACAUGUUGUGGCAGGCGGGUCUGACAAUAUUAUUUGCGAGGUGGAAAGGCCACCCACCUGCUGGAGAUGAUGAGGCAGAAGACUUGGUGAAGACAUGCGCUACAACUUUACGUCAUUUGAGAGCUGACGAUUCUAAUGGGCACAUCAAUCAAUGUGCCGAUGUUCUCGAUAUGCUCCGGACAAAGACCUUUUCAGCUAGAGAACCCCAGCAGCCGGUACUUGACCAGCUGCAAUGGAAUGUCUGGGACUGGCCUAUGGCAUCGGCUCUAGAGCUCGCAAAUACCUUGGAUGCGAUGCCAUUGGAUCUUCAAUUCGAACCAAGCAUGGGCUUAUGAGAUUUUGCUGUCCACUUUGGCUGGCUGGGUGUGGACAAAGCGGCAUGAGCUAUCGCGGCAUUACUGAACACGAAAUAUGUCGAAAAAAUAAACAUCAAGUCGGCUUUGUGACCGUACUGAGGGCCCUCAGGUCGAUGAGUCGUAGUCGGGAUGUACGACAAAUCCGAUGCUAUGUUUGUCACCUUUUCAUCAAACAUGACAGCAAAUAUAAACUCGGUACCCCCGAACCAGCAUUUUCUCCCCGGC